AUGGCCCCACGUCGUGACGCUGCAGACAUCAUGGAGGCUCUCACAGCCAACAAUGCUCUUGUAAGAGAGCUACAAAUAGUAGAAAAAUCUCUUAUUCAGGAAGAGACUAAGUUAGUUGUAAAAAUUCAAUCACUUCGUCGUCGUAUGGCGCUUCGAAGAGCCGAACAAGCAAUGGCUACACUUUUACCGCGGGCUCCGAUACAAAAUACAAUAGUACAAAGCUACAACAAGAAUCCACGUACUAGGAAAAAAUCUUUAGGUGUUGUUCCUCGUUCUUAUAUUCGUCAACAUGUUUCGUUCUUUACGGACGAAGUGGUGAAUGAACGAAAGAUUGGAAGACCCAAAAAGAAGAAACAACAGACGCUCGUAGCUGACCAUGCGAUAGAUUUCGAAGAAAAAGUACUUGAAAAGUUAUUGGAACCACCACCUAAUGCUGAUACCGAGUUUCUCCGGGCUCAUAGUCAUGAAUCACUGAUUGCUAAUCCUCCAACUAUUUUUUCCAUACGAGAAAGAAAAGUUGUUCGGGACUUUGCAGAGGAUUUUUAUAUGACACACGAUGAAAAUGUUGACAUCCCAUUGCAAGUGUGGAACGGGAUUCAAGCGUGGCAGGAAAAAAGAAAGUCGAGACAAUUUCCAAUUGAACGCUCGGGGUUUGCGUGCAAAUUGUGGUACGACCUGCAUGAGUCACCCAAGUUGCGGCUUGGUGCAUGGACGAAAGAGGAAGAUGUAGCUCUUCGACGUUUAGCUACAGGUGAAGUAGAUAAACAACUUGUCAAUCGGUGGCAUGAGAUUGCCAAGCAUAUGCCGAUUCCAGGGAGACCAGCAGCACAUUGUCUUACUCGAUACCAGACGACACUGUGUGCGGGCAACACACGAUCGAGCUUUACGCCAGAAGAGGAUCAGAUACUGCGUGAAGCUGUCCCAGUUUUUGGAGAAAAGUGGAACGUGAUUGCAGACUUACUAGAUGGUCGAGUGUCGGAGCAGAUUCGUCAUCGAUGGCAGCUCUCGCUCGCACCAGGUCUUCGGCGAGGCAAAUUUUCGCUCAUUGAGGAUCGACGUAUGUUGCUGGCACUCCGUGCGUAUGUACCUAAGAACAGUGAAUUCAAUCAGGAUCAAGUUUCUUGGAGUGAUAUCUGCCACCAUCUUCCUGGGCGGACGCAACCAGCGAUUCGGGACCGUUACACGAAUUGUCUGAAUCCGGACUUGUCGUUCCGUAAAUUUACCAAACAGGAAGAUGAGCUCAUUCUGACAAGAGUGCGUGAGUGGGGGAUCGAAUCUUCCAGACUGUGGCCUCGACUCGCUGCUGAGCUAGGUGAUCGCACAAACUCUCAAGUGUGUCGACGCUGGAGAUACUUGGAUCCAAAAGGCUAUGAUAAACGUCGUCGAGUGCUGGAAGAAGCAAGCAAAAGCCAGACAACUGCUGUCUUUCGUCGACGAUCGAUUCACAGACAUGAUCCUUGCUAUAGAAAGAUCCAUACCAAGCGAAGCUCUUACAAUGGCCUCGCUGUUGACCGAGCUGAUGGCAUGCAGGAGGCAUCUCGGACAUUUUUGCAAGGUCGUACGAACGAAGCCACUGACGAGCAGUUGCAAAUUCGCGAGACAGAAUGCGAAGAUGGUUCGACCGAGUAUACUCUAUAG